AUCGUCCUUUGAUAUAAAUAUAUAUAUAUAUAUAUAUUUCUCUGCAAAAGUUUCAGACAUAUUAUUAUGGCAGAGAAGAAGAACCCUUAUGGCCAUGCCAAACAUGGUCUUUCUCUCAGUAUUAUUAUUAUUAUUAUUAUUUUCUCAGUCAUGGUGUCCAUGGCGAAGGCACAAAACUCGACUACUGUAGCAGUAAAAGUGGGUCUGAUUAUAAAUUUGGAAAAUUGGGUGGGGAAGAUGGAGAAGAGUUGCAUCGACAUGGCUCUCUCAGAUUUCUACGAGUCCCAUUCUUUCUACAAAACCAGGCUAAUCCUUCACAUCAGGCGCUUGGACAAAAACGACGUCGUUGGAGCUGCUGCUGCAGCGGUAGACCUUAUUAAGAAUGCGAAAGUAGAAGCAAUCAUGGGGCCUGAAACCUCAAUGCAGGCGAAAUUCGUAAUCAACCUCGGUGACAAGGCUCAUAUUCCGAUCAUAUCAUUCUCAGCCACAAGUCCCUCCCUCACUUCCCUACGAAGCUCAUACUUUUUCCAAGCUGCACAAUACGACACCUCACAAGUCAAGGCCAUAAGCUCCCUAGUUGAAGCCUUCGGAUGGACACAAGUAGUCCCUAUCUACGCGGACAACGAAUACGGCGAGGCACUCAUUCCUUAUUUGACCGAUGCCAUGCAAAACAUCAAUGCCCGAGUCCCGUACAGGAGUCCCAUUCCUCCGGCGGCCACCGAUGACCAAAUCCGCUCCGAGCUUUAUAAGUUGAUGAACAUGCAGACUAGGGUUUUUGUCGUUCACAUGUUUAGUGACCUUGGCUCUAGAUUGUUUGCCAAGGCAGAUGAGAUUGGUCUCAUGGAUGAAGGGUGUGUUUGGAUACUCACAAAUGGGCUGACUAACUUGUUGACCUCACUUAACUCGUCGGUGAUUAGCUCGAUGCAAGGAGUAGUAGGUGUCAAAACUCACGUGCCCAGCACGAGCGAUUCCAACGAUUUUAGGGUUAGGUGGAGGAGGCAAUUUAGGGUGGAGAAUCCAAACCUUGAUGACAAAGAAGUUAGUGUUUUUGGUUUGUGGGCGUAUGAUUCUGUGUUUGCACUAGCCACUGCGAUUGAGAAGGUGUUUGGGAAAAACUAUAACAACGGUAGAGUUACCAAAAAUGGGAGUUUGACUAGUAGUAGUAAUGACACUUUGACAGAUCUUGACACUUUUGGGGUUUCUCUAAAUGGUCCAGAAAUUCAACAAGAGUUAUUGAAAGUAAGAUUUAAAGGGUUGGCAGGGGAGUUUAGUCUUGUUAAUCAACAACUCCCACCAUCAAAUUUCGAGAUAGUGAAUGUAAUUGGUAAAGGGGAAAGAUUGGUAGGGUUUUGGACCCCACAAUUUGGCCUCACAAAGAAGUUGGGCUUGGCAAACAAAAAUUCUACUUAUAAUACUUCAAAGUCUAACUUGGGGCCCAUUAUAUGGCCAGGUGAUUCAAUGGAAGUCCCCAAAGGAUGGGUCGCUCAUCCUACAAUUGGGAAGAAAUUGAGAAUAGGAGUGCCAUUGAAGUUUGGCAAUUCUAGUUUUGUCAACACAAGGCGUGACUUUAGUACCAAUAGAACCCAAGUCAGUGGAUUUUGUAUUGAUGUUUUCAAUGCUGUUGUGGAUGCAAUGCCUUAUGCUGUUCCAUUUGACUUCGUACCAUUUGUAAAGCCUGAUAAUUGGACGAGCGCUGGUUCAUAUGACGACAUGAUCUAUCAAGUGUAUCUUGGGAAGUUUGAUGCAGUGGUGGCUGAUGUAACAAUCAUAGUAAAUAGGUCCAAUCAUGUGGACUUUACCUUGCCAUACACAGACUCUGGUGUGACCAUGAUUGUGCCAAUUAGAGGAAUAAAAAUGAAAAAUGCUUGGGUGUUCUUGAAGCCUUUGACUGGGGGUCUUUGGGCCACUACAGGUUGUUUUUUUGUUUUCGUUGGCUUUGUGGUUUGGGUUUUAGAGCAUCGCAUAAAUAAGGAGUUUCGUGGUCCACCUUCCCAUCAGAUUGGAACUAGCUUCUGGUUCUCCUUCUCCACCAUGGCUUUUGCACAUCGCGAGCAAGUUGUGAGUAACUUGGGUAGAUUUGUGGUGAUAAUAUGGUGUUUUGUGGUUCUCAUACUCACCCAAAGCUACACAGCUAGUUUAACUUCAUUAUUAACCGUUGAACAACUUCGACCAACUCUAACCGAUGUCAAUGAGCUAAUAAAGAGUGGACAGAAAAUUGGCUUCCCAGAAUUAUCUUUUGUUUUAGGAAUGCUUAACGAGUCCAUCCAUUUCAAAGAAAGUCAAAUCAUAAAAUACAAAUCACUACAACACCUAGGGGAACUUUUGGCUAAUGGUGAUAUCGUUGCUGCUUUUGAUGAAAUCCCUUAUAUGAAGGUCUUCAUUGCCAAGCAUUGCUCUAACUAUACCAUGGUUGGACCAAUCUACAAAACUGAUGGUUUUGGCUUUGUAUUUCCAAUAGGUUCUCCUUUGGUGGGUGAUGUGUCUAGGGCAAUUCUAAACGUGACAGAAGGAGAUAAGAUGAAGAAAAUAGAGAAUGCUUGGUUUAUUUCAGACACCAUUUGUCCAGACUCGAGCUCAGUGGUGUCCGAAGCAACUACUUUAGGCCUCAACAGCUUCUGGGGGCUAUUCCUUAUCUCCGCGAUUGCUUCCAUGUUGGCUCUGGCCAUAUUUACAGCCAUGUUUCUCUACGAGCAUAGGGAAAUCUUAUUGCGUUUCGAUUCAAAUAAUAACAAUGAAGCCUCUCCCUCAAAAUGGCAAAGGUUUAGGGUUUUUUUGAAGGUGUUUGAUGGGAAAGAUCUCAACUCUCAUACUUUCAGAAAGGGUGAUAUUAUUGUGAAGAGUACUACUGAUCACGACGUAGAGAUGAAGGAAGUAGUGGAUCUUGGCCAUGGCUCACCAAGUCCAUCAAGCUAUUCAACCCAGACAGACUCUAACGUUUCUUUCCACGAUGAUCAACUAGGAACACCAACUUCUAUUCAUGAACAUGGCCUAAGCUCUCCCGAGACAAUACAUUAGUAAAAAAGCUAUAGUGGCUACUAUUUUGUAGAAAUUUAACUAGAGGUAUCAAGGAAAUAAAAUAACUAUAUAUAUAUAUUUUUU